GCUAUCAACUCGUCAGAGUAAAAUUGGGAGCGCGACUUACCAUGGGCUUGGAGUAAAGAAUCCAAUUUUCCGCCUCUAAUCUUGUAUCCUUUCCCCUUAUCUGUUAUCCCUUUCAAGGAAGUCUAAAGCCCCAACCUUAUUCCAUUGAUCGAACAAACACAAUACUGCUACUGCUAAUUUUUGGCCAAAAAAAAUGUCAGCUUCUUCUCUAUCAGUGGCUGUUGCCACUGCCACUGCCACUGCCAACUCUUCUUCUUCUUCAACCCCAUCAUCAACUUCUUCCCUAGAACACCUUUAUCUGUCCACCAUUCACUUCCCCUUCAAGCCCACAAAACCCAUAAACUUUUGCAGGGUUAAUCACCUUCUAAAUUCUGCUCCUGUUCCUCAGGUCUCUCGCUCCCUACUUGUUUGUGCUUCGACUGCUUUUGAUGCUUUUGAUGCCAUCCAAAGCACACAGGUCCUAGAAGAAGAAGAACAAGAAGAAGAAGAAGCAGAAGCAGAAGAAAUACAAGACGUUGAGGAUGAAAAUGAUGGGGAUACAGCUGCUGUAUCUCUAUCAACUGAAGGUCGUAGAUUAUACGUGGGAAACUUGCCUUACGCGAUGACCUCUUCCCAAUUAGCUGAUAUCUUUGCUGAAGCUGGCCGUGUUGCUUCUGUUGAGAUUGUUUAUGACAGAGUGACGGAUAGGAGUCGAGGAUUUGCAUUUGUUACAAUGGGGAGUUUUGAAGAAGCAAAGGAGGCAAUUCGGCUGUUUGAUGGAUCUCAAGUUGGGGGCCGAACUGCAAGGGUGAAUUUUCCUGAGGUGCCACGAGGAGGUGAGCGAGAAGUCAUGGAGUCAAAGAUCAGAAGCAGCAACCAGGGAUUUGUAGAUAGCCCACAUAAGAUCUAUGCAGGAAACCUAAGCUGGGGUCUAACCUCUCAAGGCCUCAGAGAAGCUUUCCAAGACCAGCCAGGAUUCUUGAGCGCCAAAGUCGUCUAUGAUAGGGACAGCGGAAGAUCCCGAGGUUUUGGAUUUAUUAGUUUUGCGUCCGCUGAAGAGGUGGAUUCUGCACUUGAGGCCAUGAAUGGAGUGGAGGUGGAAGGCCGGCCUUUACGGUUAAACUUGGCACAACAAAGAUCUUUCAUAUCUCCUCCUCCAGCACCUGAAACAAAUUCUGAGUCAGAUAGUUAAAGCAGCCUCCUUAGUGUUUUGUGUUAUUAGCAGCUAAGAGGGGUGGAUGAAUUAGUAUUGCCAUACGCUUGUGAGGGGAUGAUGUGGAGUGGAGGAGGCAAGCAAAAACUGCCGUAGAGAGAAUUGAGUUCAAUUUUGUUCCCUGCCAAAGUUCCGAGUCACACUUAUAUGGCACAGACGGAAGCCAAAGAUGCCUAGAGAAGGACAUUGUUUAAUGAAUACUAGUGUUGUACUUUCAGAUAUCCUUAAAUUUUCGUUUUGCGUGAUUAGCGGAAGACUACGGGUACAAUUUACGACCAGUUCUUUCCCGUCAAAUUUCAAGUUCUUCACACACUCGUGAUUUUUAAACAGCUAUAAUGAGAAAAUUCGGUGGAAA